AUGACAGUUGAAAGUCUGAGAACUGCACUGCAUGAAAAAUAUGGCAUUAGGGCAAAGAAACAACAAUGUUAUAGGGCAAAAAGAAAGUCAUUGGAUGUGUUUGAGGGUAACCAUGGGAAGUCAUACAGUUUGCUGCCCUCCUAUAGGAAUGAAAUUAGGAGGACAAACCCUGGCAGUUUGGUCACACUUGAUUAUUAUGAUGCUGAAUUCAAUGGAGUGAAUAGAUUCAGAAGGAUUUUCAUUGUUUUUGAUGCUUUGAGGUCUGGGUUUAUAAAAGGCUGCAGGCCAUUCAUUGGGUUAGAUGGCUGCUUUUUAAAGGGCCCACAUGGUGGAGUAUUUUUGUCAGCUGUGGCCUUGGAUGGCAAUAAUGGUCUAUUCCCCAUUGCCUAUGCUGUGGUAGAAAGUGAAGGGAAUGAAACAUGGACUUUUUUCUUAGAUAAUUUGAAGGAUAUUCUUGGUGCAGAUGCACAUGCCAAACACUGGACAAUUAUGUCUGAUAUGCAAAAGGGUAUUGAGGUUGCAAUUUCUAACUUAUUUCCUGAGGCAAGCCAUAGGAUUUGUUGUAGGCACUUGUUUAACAAUUUUAGGAAGGAUAAUCCUAGGUUGUUGUUGAAAAUUUUUUUCUGGAAAACUGCAAGAUCAUGCAAUGAACUUGAAUUUAAUGAUGCAAUGAAUCAAAUGAAUGGGAUUUGUACAGAAGCUUAUGAUUGUCUAAUGGACAGGCCUUUGGAAAUAUGGUCUAGGGUGGGGUAUGGUGAGACAUCAAAGAGUGACCAUAUCAUAAACAAUUUGACCGAAUCCUUCAACAACUGGGUUGGUCAUUAUAGGUCUAAGCCAAUCUUGAAUAUGCUUGAGUGGAUUAUGAUUAAAUUAAUGGUGAGAAUCCAGAAAAGGUAUCAGAAAGCUUUAGCUUGGAAGGGAAAUUUGACACCAAAUGCCUGGAAAAAAUUAAACAAAUCCAUUCAAGAAUCAAGAAUGUGUAGAGUUUGUCCUGCUGGGAGGGAGGAGUUUGAAGUUCAUGAAGUGGUGGGAGUAAGUGUGGUUAAUUUAAACUUGAGGACUUGCUCAUGUAGAGCAUGGCAGAUAUCAGGGAUACCUUACAGGCAUGCAGCUGGUGCUAUUUCAUGGAAUAGGCAGGACCCUGAGCAUUUUUGUGAUCCUUGUUACAGUAAGGACACAAAUCUACUUGCCCACAGUGGGAUGAUUCAUCCUUUGAUGGAUGAGAAGAUGUGGCCCAAAACUCCAUCAAUUGACUUAUACCCUCCUAAACCAAGAAGAUUACCUGGUAGACCAAGAAAAAAUAGAAGAAGAGAACAAGGUGAACCUGCCCCUGCAAGUACAAGUGAAGUACCUAAGAGAUCAUCAGUUGUAACAUGCAAGUAUUGCCUACAAACUGGUCAUAAUAGGAGGACUUACCAGAGAGCUCAAACAGCAAGAGAAAGAGCUACAGCAGCAAGAGGGAGGGCUGCAAGUGCAAGAGGAAGAGCUCAAACAGCAACAAAAAACAUAAAGUCUCAAACUCAAGGAUCAGAAGGAGCAGGAACUUCUGGUGUUACACAACAGGAGAGGUGGAAGAAAUGUAAGUGCAAGAGGUGGAAGAAAUGUACGUGCAAGAGGAGCUUCUUAACCAAAUGUGAUUGGCAUUGGUGGUGGUUCUCAACAAAAUGUGAGUGGUCGCAGAGUUGGAAGACAGCCAAACCAGAGUGGCAUCAGAGGUGGAAGACAGCCAAGUGA